AUUCAUAUCAUAUUCUGUGUAGUCACCGUGUCUUGUUAGAAAUUUAAAUGUUUAUUUAAUAUCACAGAUUAAAAUGAUUAAAUAAAAUUUUAUACGUUUUAAUUAAUCUGUCAUAUUUUAUUUAAUGAAUUCAUAAAUUAUGAGUGUAUGACUCGAUUGACUCGUGCAGUCGUGCUCUAAAUCUUGUUGACUAGUUAUUUUGUUAUUGUUAGUUAAGAGUUUGUAGUAAAUUUUUAUGUAAUACUUAAUUAAUUCACCAAUAUUGUUGUUCUCUUGGUAUAUGGUUACUACUAACUACCUAUUUAUUAUGUUAUUACUUACUAUCCAUGAAAAGUCGUAUUAAUUCAGAAUGUUAUAUUGUUAUGUAACAUUUAAAUCCAAAUUAUCUGCUUUCGUGAUUGGUUGAAAGUUGAAUUUAAUAUUGAAUAGCUAUUCGUAACUGAAUAUGUUAACAACACAAAAACCUAAGUAUGAACUGGAAAGGACUGAAUUAACUGACAAGUCAGUUUUAAUCAAACCAAAUUUGAAAGGUGAUUGGUUAAACUUUUUCAUGUUACUUUUACUUUAUACUAUGCAAGGCUUGCCAUUGGGCUUAUCUUCAGCCAUACCCAUACUUUUACAAAGCAAAAAAGAUACAUCAUACCAAGAUCAAGCUUUGUUUAGUUUAGUAAUAUGGCCAUUUAGUUUGAAACUCUUAUGGGCGCCGUUAUUGGAUUCAUUAUAUAUGCAGAAAAUCGGAAAGCGAAAGUCUUGGCUCAUUCCUGUUCAAUAUUUAAUUGGAACAAUAUUACUUUAUAUGGGUAACAGCAUUGAUAUCUUAUUACCAGAAAAAGGAAAACCAAACGUUAAAGUACUGGUAUAUCUCUUCUUUAUUACAAACUUCUUAUCUGCUACUCAAGAUAUAGCUGUUGAUGGUUGGGCUUUGACAAUGCUGAAAAAGAAUAAUGUAGGCUAUGCAUCUACUUGCAAUACAUCUGGUCAAAUAAUAGGCGUGAUGAUUGGUUCUGUAUUUGCCAUUUUAUUUACAUCUGAAGACUUUAGCAAUAAAUAUUUACGAAUUACAACUGGUGUAGAAGGGAUUGUGUCUAUGAAAACCUUGUUAUACAUUUGGGGUAUUCUAUAUAUAUUGAUAACAACAUUGAUUGCUAUAUUCAAAAACGAAAAAGAUAAUACACUAGAAKAUGGCUAUGUAAAACUAAAUAUCUCUAAGACCUAUUCACUUUUAUGGGAUAUUAUGAAGCUUCCUAGUAUACGAAUAUUGGCAAUAGCCUUAUUGACAGCAAGGAUUGGAUUUGCUGCAACAGACAGUAUAUCAACUUUAAAACUUAUUGAUGCUGGUAUAUCAAAAGAUGACAUUAUGGUUAUUAACACUGCAAUGUAUGUUGUAAAAAUGAUUUUACCAUUAAUCAUAGCAAAGUACACUUCAGGACCAAAACCAUUAAGCUUAUACCUAAAAGUGACUCCUAUCAGAUUACUUUGGAACAUUGUAUUUAUUGCAUUAAUAUACUAUACACCUACAAUUAUAAAUAUUAAUGGGGUGGUAAAUAUUCCGAUAUAUUACUAUGCAAUCUUAAUUUUUAUAUUAUCAAUACAAGAAGUCCUUUCAUACAUGAUGUUUGUAGCUAUAUUAGCCUUUUUUUCUCGGAUAAGUGAUCCUCGUUUUGGUGGUACUUACAUGACAUUGUUGAAUACACUUUCAAAUUUAGGAUUUGUAUGGUCAUCUACUGUAGCACUUCAAUUAGUUGAUUUGCUUACAUCAAAAGAAUGUUCCUGUGAUUCCAUGAAUAAUUGUUCUACAAUAGAUCUUCAAAAUGUUUGUAAAGCUAAAGAAGGAAAUUGUAUUGUUUCAAUUAAUGGAUAUUACAUUGAAGUUAUUCCAUGUACAAUCAUUGGAAUUGCUUGGUAUAUUUAUUUUAGAAAUAUCUUAAAAAAUCUUCAAAUUAAAAGUCCUUCUCAUUGGUUGGUAAAUGUGAAAAAACCAGUAACAGAAAAUAUUGAAGAAUCAUUCCCUUUGACUGUAACAGGGUAAUGUUAUUAUGUAUUUAAUUAUCCAUUCAAAUGAAUAACCUAACUUAACUAUUGCAUAUAACAACAUUAUACAUGUUACAACCAUCUGAUUUUACUAGUACCACUGAUAUUAGAGAUAUUAAUAUAAUUUUGGUAAGUUUAUGUUUAAUUUUAUCAUAAAU